AUGGCUUUUCGACGACAGCCCGGGCUUUCGCGCACCCUGCCGAAGAAUUUCACCUUCCCUUCGGUCGCGGCCGAAGAGCCCAGAACGCCGGAACACACAUCGAUUCGCCUGGACACGCCUCCACCGCCUCCGCGUCACUCGAGUUGUCGCGUGCGCCGAUCGCGCGUGCGUUCAGGAACCGAUGUGUUCGCGCAAGCCGAGUAUGAUCGGACCACCUGGAAAUCCAAUCACUCCGACAUCCCCUUACCGUCUAUCGAAUUUCCUCCUUCGCAUGGCUCUGCGAUCCCGCAGCUGGCUCCGAUCGCGCCCGCGAGCAAUGACCAGUUCUUGGCCCCUCCGCGGGAUCGUGUGGCCCUCAAGACCCCACCCGCCCAGAUCCGCCCUGACCCCAUCGAUCUCACGCCCACCGGACUGUGGUCCAUGGGAGAACCGCAAGCAUUGGGAGAAUCCAUCACACGCCCCGGGUCGGCUUGUUCGCAGGCAUCGGAUUCGUCUGUCUCAUCCAUUGAGACCUUUGCGUCCCGUCGCUCUGUCGGCGGAAGCUGCACCAGCGCAGAGAGCGAUGCGCAUGACCCCUUUUUCCAUCUGGAGAUUGCGCCGAAGCAUGUCCCUGAGCCCCCGCUCCCCAUCGCGCGCCCAGCCAAGCCUCGCGCGCCUCGGACACGAGAGCGAUGGACCCUGGACAUGGACAAUCACCUGUGGAACACCUAUCAAAUGUACAUUCAGGACCCGACGAUUACCCCCUUCAAGAUGACGCCGGGCAGCAUUCCUCCAUUGGGCGUGACGCAUCGCGUUGCGCGACAGGCGAAGAGAACCUGGGAAAGGAGGCGCUUCAAACCCAGCAGACGGUCUCCAUUCACACCUCAACCGUGUCGCAGCGGCGAUUCUACCCCUACACCAAGGGCGGAAGCCGCCAAACCCUUAUGGCCCAAGUCUGAAUCCUCGACCCGGCGCAGACUGAAACUGCUGUGCAAGAAGAAGUUCUCCAUCGCUCCACACUACCAGAGAAUGAUGCAAUCGCGCAGCCCAACGCCGUAUUUGGACAUGUUCUCCCGUUCCUCACGAGAAUCCUCUCAAGUCGAUGGCAGUGGCACUUCCGCUGCGUAUGCCACGCGGGAUUUGGGCGUAUCCCUGGUCUCCUCGUCGAUCCCAGGGCCUUUGUCGCAGUUGGCCGUGGAGGACUCUUCUCCGCAGAACGGUAGCGGCCAGUGGUUUAACCAUCCCGUUCCCGUGCCCGGGUCAGAACAUGAGAUGGAAGAAGAUGCCUUGCCCAAGAGACCGUACAGUUUCGACGAAAGAGAAAUGGCCCCACGGCUCGGUUCUCCGUUCGACUAUCACACGUGGGGUCCCAACACGUCGCGACAUCGGGUUCAACGCAACACACCGAAACAAAGAAGAGAAACGAUCCACGUGACCGGGUCGCGGCUGCGGUCUCCGCCGCGCAUGGAAUUGUUCAAUGCCAAUGUCAACGCGAAUUUCCAACAGAGCCUUCCAAACCCGCCCCCACCGGCUGAGGACUCCAGUGACCAAGACACACAACGCCAUCUGGAAGAACUUUACCGCCAGGGGAAGCUUAAUGAAUCUGGCCAGCGACGUGUGCGGAUUCGAAACCGUGGAGCAACCACUAGCUCAGUCAAUCCCAAAGGCCUCGAGCAGCUCUUUUCCCCGCCGUCGUCCUCGUCUCGAAAUGAGGAGAGUAGUACAGGAGGGCCCGUGGACCAUCAGCUGCGAAAUCUCAUUGGAGAGCACAUCAAACGGCUUGGAUCGCCCUUUAAAUUGGAGAGUGGAACUCGUCCCGUUGCUACACCCAGAUUUAUCAGACACGCUCCGUCGCGCUCGGAGCCCUUUGCGGGCGGCUUGUUACCACCAUUCUUGACACCAAUGCAGAAUGCCGCACCCGAAAACCCCGAGAUGAACUCGCUCCCAUACAAUCCAGCCGAGCAAGGCAUCUCUGACGCAGAACGAAUCCGCCGACAGAUAUUGAACCUGUCUUACACAAGACAAUAG